UCGAAACAUUAACCUUUUAGAAUAUUCAGAGCCACACUUACAGACACAUUUCUUUGUCAAAUUUAGACUUCAUUACACUGACCACAAUGAGUCAAAGGUUGUAUUUCCUAGCGAUCUUAAUGACCGUGGCCAGCGCCGCCUAUGUGAACGACUGGGACCAGCCGUUCAACUUCAGAUGUCCGGACGGUCAAGUGGUCAGCUACGUGUCCAGUGUCCACGACAACAGAAGGGAGGACAGGCGAUGGGAGUUUCUGUGUCGUACAGUUAGACAGACACACUCGUGUACAGACAGUGGCUACGUCAAUGAUUUUGAUGGCCCCUUAGUCUACACUUGCCCCGGAAACAAAGUCAUGAUUGGCGUCCAUAGUUACCAUAACAACCGUCGGGAAGAUCGCAGGUUCGGCUUCUACUGCUGCGACGUCCAGGGCAGUACACCACGUGACUGCUACACCACCGACUACGUCAACGACUGGGAUGGAAAGCUGACCUUGGCUGUACCGGAAGGAAGAGCUGUCAAGGCUGCAUUCAGUCACCAUAACAACCGACGCGAAGAUCGAAGAUGGCAGUUUCAGAUUUGUGCUUUGUAAUCAAAGAUGGAAACAUUAUCGAAAAGCAAUCCAUGCAUUAUUAUUACGAGUAAAUGUACUUUAAAUAUAUUUCUACCUCUUUGUUUUAUUAAUAAUGAGUGUUAGUAAAUAUUUUAUCAAUCUCAGGUGUUAUUUAGAAGCUCUGUUAUAGUAUUUGUUGACAUUUAUAUUAAUAAGCAUAUCAUUCUUUUUAGGUGAAAUAUAACAUGUAUUAUAGAGUUUACUAUAUAUAGUGAAUAAAACAUGAUGAUUUUGGAAUAGUGUACAUUUUUAACAACACUAUGUUUUUAUCGAAUUUUCCAAUAAAUAUUUUAUAUUGA